AUGACCCUGCAAGAGUGGAAGGUUGAGACCCCCUGGCUGGAGCCUCACUGCGCCCUGGGAGAGGGGCCCUUCUUCGAAAAGGAUACCCAGACGGUCCGCUUCGUCGAUAUACAGAAGAAGCGCGUACACACCGUAUCGCUCACCGAGGGACCGCCCAGCCUCCAGACCACGCAGCUCGACGUCCCUGUCGGCGUCACCUGCAACAUCGCCGGGGUCGACCCUCGUGAUCGGAUUCUCAUCGGCGUCAAGGGCGGUCUGGCCGUGCUUGACCGCAAAACGGGGAAGUACGACAUCAUCAGCCGGUUCACCGAUGAGCCCAACGAGCGUCUGAGGGCAAACGACGGUGCCAGCGAUCCCAAUGGACGCUUCUGGCUGGGGACCAUGACGGACUUUCCCUAUGGAGAAUUCCAACCCGAAGGCUUCCUCAUGCGCUUCGAUGGCAAGUCUGCCAGGGAGGAAUUCAUCAGCGGCCUCACGAUCCCUAACUCUGUCGGCUGGUCCCCCGACAACAAGACCAUGUACUUCACCCACACCUCCGCGGGGCACAUCUACGCCUUUGACUACUCCGUCGACACCGGUGCCGUGACCGACAAGCGCAUCUUCUACCAGCACGACGGCCCCGGCGGUCUAGAUGGCUUCCGAGUCGACGUCGACGGCAACAUCUGGCACGCCGUGUACGGGGAGGGCCGCGUCAUCAAGAUCAGCCCUGGCGGUGAUGGCGUCGCCAAGGUGGUCGCCCAGGUCACGCUGCCCACCAGGAACAUCACCUGCGUCCAGUUUGCCGGGACGGAGCUAGUCAUCACCACGGCUGCCGACGACGACGGUCCUGACGCGAGCAAGGCUCUUGGCGGGGCCGUCUACAAGGUUGAUGUGGGGACUCGUGGCCUCGAGCUAUUUGACUUUAAGCUACAAUAG